CCAAGCAUAACCACCACUUUCCUGGAUUACUACAAUGUGGAACAUUAUCAUGGAUGGCUGCGAAAACAACCUGGAUAACCACAAAACCACCUUCCAUCCAGUUGGCUCGUCCAUCACCUAUCCUACUCACUAUCAGAGGUUUGACGUGAAGACCUUUGCCUUUGUAUCAGAGGCCCAAGUGCUUUCUAGCCUGGUCUACUUCCACUGCAGUGCCUUAAUCUGCAAUCAACUCUUUCCUGACUCCCCUCUGUGUUCUGUGACUUGCUCUGAGUCAUCCAGACACAAGAGAGCCACAGACACCACUAAAGAAGAGAAAAUGAUCGUAAGUUUUCCAGGACCCAUCCUCCUGCUAUCAGAUAGCUCUUCACUCAGAGAUGUUGUGGACUCAAAAGGGUACGGGGCUGCCGGAUACAUUGCUUUUAAGACUGUGGUGGCUGUGGCUGCCUUAGCAGGCCUUGUGGCAACCCUAGGCUUCAUCAACUACCUGUACAAGAAGAGAACCAUGAUGUUAAAUCACUAA